AUGCCAGUUCCAAUACAACCCCAUAUUAGCAAGAAAGAUCCCAUCCAAUACCGUAUUUUAGUAUGUUCUUUCACGGAGGAAAUACGAACCCUUAUUUCUAGACUGAAGAAGAACGAUAGAUAUGACCAAACAUUAUAUAUGGAAUUGCUUACUCCAGUUUUAUUGAUGUAUCCAAUGGAGGUGAUCCAAUGCAUUUUUAAUAAUAAAAGUUAUAGAAACAAAAUAGUGAAAUGCUUGGGAAAUGAAAUAAAUAAAUAUCCAGAACUUGAUUUAAGGAUGGGACCACGUCGUAUUUCCAAGACUAUCGGGAAAGACAUAAAUUCAAACGUGAAAAGCAAUCACAAGUUUUUAAUUACUAAAAUCAAUUUAAUUUUGAUUAUGAAAGGAAUUGAAAGUUUCAUAUUAUUUUUUCAUCAGGAAUAUCUAGAAAGUUUAAGUUCCUUUCGUUGGUGCUUACAAUUUAUCUCUUAUAUUAAGCGCCUUCCAUUUAAUGAAACUGAACAUCAAUACUUCCUUAAGAAUUGCAAUAUUUCAUUUGCCAUGUAUUGUUCCCAAUGCCAGAUAUCAGAUAGUAAGAGAAAUGGGACCCAAUGGCCUAUCAGUAACUAUUUGAAUACACCAUUGAAUGAAAGUGGAAUUUUACAAAGUUUAUUAUACAUAAUUUUGGAGAAUACAGAUCCAUCCAUGAUGAUGUUUGAUAAACGUUGUAGUAGUUUCGAGAAGUUUUUUCUUGGUAAAAUUUUCCAACAUAUUGGUGAUAUAUAUGAAGCCUUGGCAGUUUUCAAUGGACAACGUUCAGAAUAUGAAUCCCUAGAUGGUAAAACAUUUGGUUUACAUGCAGCUAAUGAAUAUGUUGAGGGCAUGAUCAAAAAUUAUAUCCUAGCAAUCUCAAUGAAAUUGGAAGGUGAUUCCACUGUAUUGUAUUGCUUAGACAAGAUAAUUGAGGGCUUGAUACUUUAUGGUGAUAUACAUGUCGAAAUCAUUACUUUCUUUAUGAGAUUGAAAAAAUACUAUGAAUUAUAUGAAAAUGAUGAUUUGUUGAUAGAGCACUUAGAAUACGAUUCAUUAACUUUUGAAUGUCUUGACAUUGCCCGAAAAACAUUUCAAAAAUGGGAAAAUUCAAAAGAGUCCUUUAAAGGUAGCGUCAUACAAAUGCCAGAUACUUUAUUGAGAAGCCAGCGUGGGGCUCUUGUUAUGGUCAAAAAUGAUAUAACAGAACUUCCGGGAUCUAACAUAGAAGAUGGUACGAAGAAAGAUGGAAAAUAUAAAAGGGAAAUAACUGAAAAUUUGAUUAUUCGAAAAUCCAGAUUUGUAAAAAAAUGGAAUAAUGAAAGGCACUGGCAAAAAGAGGAGAAGUAUAUUAAGAAGCAUUGGGAUCUUGGUAUUCAUUGGAUAAACUUCUGGAAAAACUGUUAUUUAGAAAACAAUCAGCUAUUCAAUAGAGAAUUAAUGACGCUAUGGGCAGAUUUUGAAGGAGAAAUUGCAGGAAUGGAAUAA